GAUGACAUUUACACAACACGUUUAAAGAAAAAUACAGUAGUGACAUUAUUCAAUAUUUUAAAGUGCAAUUUUAUAAUUUUUAUAAGCUUUUAGUCGACUUAACCUUGGCAAUAUGAGUAAAACACAAAACAGAUUUGAUACUCUUGAUGAUGAAAAUAAUGGAGAAGACUCUGAAAAUACCAAAGAUAGUAAAGAUGAUCAACAGAAGAAGCAAACUCUUAUUAAACCAAAGAUAAAUCCUGGUGACCACAAGCUUCAAUUUGUUUAUACUUUAUGGUUCUCCAGACGUAGUCCUGGCAACAAAGCAUCCUCCUCAAACUAUGAAGACAAUAUAAAAAUGGUUGCAACAUUCGCAUCAGUGGAACAGUUCUGGUCUUUUUACAGCUUCCUCACUAGGCCCUGUGACCUUACAAGUAGUAGUGACUACCACCUCUUCAAGCAAGGAAUAAAGCCAAUGUGGGAGGAUGAUGCCAACAAAACAGGGGGGAAAUGGAUUGUACGUUUAAGGAAAGGUCUUGCCUCACGGCUUUGGGAGAAUCUAAUUCUAGCAAUGCUUGGCGAACAGUUCAUGGUCGGUGAUGAGAUUUGUGGUGCCGUUGUGUCAAUACGAUUUGCGGAGGAUAUAAUAUCUAUUUGGAAUAGAACGGCGAGCGACCGAACAAUAACAUCAAGAAUACGUGACACUUUAAAACGUGUCUUAAAUCUUCCACUCAGCACCAUUAUGGAGUACAAGGCUCAUACAGACAGUAUCAAGGAUCAAUCCAGUUUUCGGAACACAGAUGUUUUCAUGAGGUGAUCGUUGUCAGAGGCAAGAAAGCUACAACUGUUGGUGUGUUUUGACAUUGCAAUGUUGCUGGAACAAAAGCAAGACCGAGUUUAACCAGUUGCCUUUAUGCAUCAAGUUGCCGAAGCUGAUACCCCUAUUGCAUGAAUGGAAGACUCUUGUUGUGUUCUAACAGACUGUGUACAGUAUGUGCUGUCUAAUGGUUUACUAACUUGUUGAUUCUUAGAGAUGUAGACUCGUCGCUGUAUAUGGAAACUCCAACUUAUGAAACAGUAACAAACAUUGCAGUUGUCGCUAACAAGUUUGGUCAUGCCCCGAAGGCCUAUUAUGUGGAAUGGAUAUAGUCUACUGUUUGCAAUACCUAAAAGCUAAAGGCAUUGCUUUACAUUGAGGGUGUCCUUCCAUUUUAAUUGCGACAAUGACAUCAAAUAGUAAAUCUCAUUAUAAAGAACUUCUUUGAGGACUCGAACCACUGAAUCUGAUUGGAAAGCAACCUAGUGCUUCACACCAAGUGUGCCAUUUUGUCAUUAUGCACAUAGAACUGACAAGAUAUAGGCCUACUACUUGUUUAUCCUUGUGGUAGACCUACUUGGAUAAAGAUGCAUCACAAUGCAGAAAAGAUGGAAGAGGUUAUAUGUACUAAAAAAAAAGACAUUGCCCAUUAAUUCAAUCAACCUGUGAUCCAACAAACCUGGUUUGUUAAGUACUCUGUGCCACAUAGUGACGCCGCUAUUGUAGAGCACGAGAUUCGUAUGUGUAUGGAAUCGCAUCACCUCAAAAUCAACAUCAUUCGCUAUACUUUUGGCUGUAGUUAUCCAAUCCUAAGGUGUUCUUAGGGGCAUGGUUUAAACAUUUUAAUGAAAUAUUGUUCUACAAAUAAGCAUUAUUAAGUACGAGAAACUGGACUUUCAGUAUAAUUGAGUCAAUUAUGUUUGGUUUUUGUGGACUUAUUUAGAAAUCAACACUUUUUGGCAUUUUUUUUUUUUUUUUGUAUUUCUCAGGGUGUCUCAUUGAAUGAGAGUAAUAAUAUUAAAGAAUUAAACAUUUUUGGGCCAAAUGUACAAGCACACACCGAACAGUAAGCCUUCCAAAUCAAUUCCACAUUGCAUUGUGUAUACGUGCCUGACCCGCAAGUUGAUGUAAUGCCUUGCAUUCAACUUCUUAUAAGUGUAGAAAAAAUUCUUACCAUGCAUGUAAGAUUGGAUCCUUUGCAGGUUCGCACUCAAGUUCCUGGUGGAUUAUAACCAAACACAUUAGUCCCAAAUUCUGUACUUAAAAUUUUGGGAUGUUUGAAACUAUAUUAUUAUCGAAUUCGAUAAUUAUUUUCUCAUCCAAUGUAUAUUACCAGUUCAUUGUGAAUUCUUUGCUAUUUCAACGAUUGUAUUUUUUAUAUAAUGACAAUUUCUUUUUAUUUCUCAAUGAAUAACAUUAAAACAGAUCCGUCACUAUAAUGCUGCCAAACCAAUCUGUAUUUUUUAAUUAAGAAUCGAUUAAAACAAAUUACACAAUAAAAAGUAAUACAAACCAUGUA